UUGAAAAGAUGUCUGGGCAAAGCCAGCGCUUGAAUGUAGUUCCUACUGUCACAAUGCUUGGUGUUGUGAAAGCCCGUCUUGUGGGUGCAACAAGAGGUCAUGCUCUGCUCAAGAAAAAGAGUGAUGCUUUAACCGUGCAGUUCCGUCAAAUUCUGAAAAAGAUAGUGUCAACAAAAGAAUCGAUGGGAGAUGUCAUGAAAACCUCAUCAUUUGCCCUAACUGAAGCCAAAUAUGUCGCCGGUGAGAACAUCAAGCACAUUGUCCUCGAGAAUGUCCAAAAUGCAUCCCUUAAAGUUCGAUCAAGGCAAGAGAACAUUGCUGGUGUUAAGCUCCCCAAGUUUGAGUAUUUUACUGAGGGUGAGACCAAGAACGACCUCACGGGACUGGCCAGAGGUGGACAACAGAUCCAACAAUGCCGUGCUGCUUAUGUGAAAGCAGUCGAGGUUCUUGUUGAGCUUGCUUCACUUCAAACUUCGUUCUUAACGCUGGAUGAAGCAAUCAAGACCACAAAUCGUCGUGUUAAUGCUUUGGAGAACGUUGUGAAACCAAGGUUGGAGAAUACCAUAAACUAUAUCAAGGCAGAGUUGGAUGAGCUGGAAAGAGAAGAUUUCUUUAGGUUAAAGAAGAUACAGGGUUAUAAGAAGAGGGAAAUUGAGAGACAGCAAGCAGCUUCCAGGAAAUUCGCAGAGGAGCAGUUUGCAGAGAAGGUGUCUCUGCAGAAAGGAAUUUCGAUUAAUUCAGCUCACAACUUCUUGUCGGCUGCUGUGCAGAAGGAUGAGGACAUAAUUUUCUGAGUUGGGUGAAAGUUUAUAUUCUCUUGCUUAGAGAGUGCGUCUGUUGUUCUGCUUCCAGUUCUGAGGUGAAAAGUUCCUACUAUUAUCUACCUGGACAAUCGUUGGUUCCUGAAUAAAAGCUCCCUGUAUGGUUUUUGAAUUCUUUGUUUUUCUGUAAGGUAUUUUAAUUUACUAGAAGAUGGUUUUAUUUAUUUUUAGUAUCUGAAUAAAAAAUGUUUAUUAGAGGAUGGUUAAUAGAUUUAAUUCUUGCUUCUCUCAAUGCCAUUUUUUUGAAGUUA